GUGCGAUCUUCACUCAAUCUAAAGGACCUGAGAGACCCAAGCGUACUUGAGGGCUAGGCUUAGGAGCAACUAAGAGUAAGCUGUUUGGUGCGAAGAAUAAUGAUCAAGCACCGUCCCAAUCCUCUACCGAACGUGAUCGAUAGUUUAUGAAGAUGAAAUCCAAAGUGCAAAAGAUGAAAAGGUUCUUAGAAGCUAUGGGUUACACAGAUGACACAAAUGACGAUUCAGACGAUUUCAAUGAGGCACCCAACGAGAAUCAUCCAGAUGCCUCUAGUGCGCAUCGCCAAAUGACAACUGGCAGUAACCAAGCAAGUCCAGAAGAUAUAGAUCUUCCACGCCAGUUGCAGCCGAAACCAACUCUAUUGCCACAACCGAAUCAACAAUCUAAUUCUCAUCAACUUGAUGUGAUAGGAUCUGUGGCUGCUGUUGAACUUGCCAUGUGGCAGCAGGUUGAGACAAGUCGAAAUGCUCAUGAGAUGGGUUGCACCACCCUCCUAUAAGCUCCAUAAUCUAUUGUAGUUGUCUUUCUUUUAGUUUGAGAUUACAGUCUUGUUGAUAAUUGAAAUCAUGGGCUGAAGCUUUGUUCCUGACAAUGUGUUUCUGUGUACUCCCUCCGUCCCAAUUUACUUGUCCCAGUUCUAUUCGAACUGGAUUAAAAAACUAGUUAUAUCUUUAAAUUGGUAAUAAAUUUUUUAUCCAAUAUGGAUCUUGUUUGAUAGAUCUCGAUUUAUUCUAUAAUACAAUGUUUUCAAAAUCACCUAAAA